UUGUUGGAUACUAUCCAUUUGAUUGGAAAUUCAGCAUAAAUAGGACUACCUUGGCGAACCUUUUCAUCGAUUUAUAGUACAGAUUUGAUAUACGACUGGAGCUUAUGAAAGUAACUGUCUUUUCACAAUAAGAACCGUUUUUUUUUUCCUAGAUCGAGUUCUCGACAACUCUAUUUAAUACUUUUUGAGUAAAUUUGUAAGUGCAGAGACUGAAAUUCGCUUCCUUAGUCCUAGUUAUUAUCCUUCCAUGAAUACUGACCCUUGACUGUUGGAUAGCCUAACUUUUAUCCACUAAAAUAGAUGUCGAAGAGGGCGCCAUCUCCAAUUUCAAAUCCUCCCGUGGAUGACGAGGUAAGGGAAAAACAAAAGGAAACCCGAAGAGAGUUAGUGAAGUGGUAUGGAGACAUCAGACUCGCUCUCAAAGAUAAAGAGAAGAAGACCGCAUACAAAUAUGCUCUAGAAGGUUGGAAAAAUGUUGUGAAUAGGGAAGCAUGGGCAAAUCAUGGACUGAUUGGUUAUCGCCUUGCGCGGGAUUACCUGGAAGCUGCUGCAGCUUAUGAUAUUAAAGGGAAUCGGUCCAAGGAAUCUGUGACAGUAGGGUUCGUUGAGCAAUUUAUCACUGCCGAGUUUCCCGAAAAGCGAUUUUUAAAUAAAUCACAGAAAGGAGUCGUUCCAAGACAUGGUCCUGAAAAGCAAGUGGACAAUUUCCUGGCUUACACAAAUGUCCAUUAUCUUGAAACUGGUUUAAUGAUGAUUGAAUCUAAAAGACACCCGGAAGAUAAAGAAGAUAUGACAAAAGGUAGGAUGGCGGCGCUGGAGACGCAAGUAGAAGGAUAUUGUCGCCAAUGGUUGGAGGAGUACAAGGAAAUACCCUUUUUGUAUGCACUCACAUGUGUAUCCACACUUAUGAGAGUAUGGGUUAUGGAAAGGCCUACUAGGUCACGAGAUAUGAAAAAUGCUAAGUUGGUUGGAUUGUGGGAACCGGAUAAACGGACUUGGGAUGAAUACAAGGAUACGGGUUUGGAUUGCGAUGCUGUUUUUUUGAAAACCGCUUUUCGUCUCAUAAAGAAUAAUCCCACAGGCUCAGAUUACGCACUGACUACAAGCAGUGAUGGUGAGACGGGAGAUGGAAGAGCUGGAGGAAGAUCGAAAACAGCGACUGAGACCAGGGAUGAAACGGAAAGUGAGGGUAGAAGAACCGACAAAACUGAUAGGGAUAGGAGCAGGAACAGAAGGACUGAUAAAACCGAUAGAGACAGGAGCAGAGAUAAAAGAGCAGAUAAAGCUUCGAAGCCUUCCAAAAGCAGCGGGAAGCAAACUGAAGCCUCUGACAAGCCAACUGCACAACAGUCAAGUUCCUCACGCGGUGCUCCUCGAGAAGCAAGUAAUACUCCAUCUGAAAGAGGAGAUGGUCGUGGAGGCGGAAACUCCGAGUCAACAUCCGGUAGGCAUGGAAAGGAAAGGCGAAGAUCUCGAGCGAGACAGGAACCACUGCCAAGUUCAAGUCCCGAGCUUCCUUACAGGACAUUACCAAAGCCUCGCCAGAGCGACCGCCACGAGAGAGAUGAGACGGACAACAGACCGCGCAGAUCUGAUGUGCCAACGCGAACCAGCAAUGGAAAGAACCCCGAAGUGGAAAUUAGAGGGAAAGAAACUGCUACUACAGGAUCGUCAAGAAAAAGAGCAGAUACAACGGAUUCUCUUAGUACUAGAGCACCGGAUUCAUCCGGGAGUGAAAAUCAGAGACAGCCACCUAAGAAAAGCUCGAAGACGGCGCUGAGGUCUUCGGCUAAUUUUAGGAAGUCCAAGCCAGAAAUUUUGAGAGCAUCUGAGCGUAGGCCAGGUGGUGGCUCAAAUGCAUCCUAGGCAAGUGCUUUUGGAUACUUCUUUUUGGUUGUUACUGUUUUCAUUCAUUACCCAUUUCAAAGCUUGUUCGGCUUUUGGAUGGGAUAGUCAAGGAUGAUUUUGGUACUGAUAUACUGUUUGGUUGGAAUGCUAGUUUCGCUGUUUCUUGUUUUAGUUCCCAAAAUCUGAUGUAGGAUCUUACAUAAAAAGAUUUUCGCUGGAUCUCAUGUUUGCAAUAUUUGCCUUUAUUAGCAAGAAUCCGAUCACGUAUUUUGUAGUAUUCUUACUGAUUAUAUAUAAUUUCAACUCUGAUUUCGCUGAAAACACCAAA